GAAUAUUGAUACUUUUUAAUAUACUACACAGAAAAAUUGAAAAUGCAGCAGGAUUCUGAAGACUCAGUGGCAGACUCACUGAAGAACUGUGGAAUCGGAGCUACCUCUAGCUGUCUUGCGACAUUUCUGACGUUUCCAAUUCACAAAACAAUUUUUCGACAGCAAAUCCAUGGUUUUAUUAUCCGAAAAGCUGUCACUCAACUGUGUCAAGAAGGCCUUAUCAAGUUUUACAGAGGAAUUCUUCCUCCACUCCUAGCCAAGACCAUCCAAGGUACCUUGCUGUUUGGUGCUUACGAUAGCCUCAUUAGAAAUAUCUCGACAGAGGAUACACGUUUGUACCAUCGCUGCAUUGCAGGAUCCCUAUCUGGAAUCAUCGAAGCAUUGGUCUUGACCCCAUUUGAACGUGUCCAAAAUAUCCUUCAGGACCACAGGAAAGAUGUCAAGUUUCCCAAUACCCAUAGUAUCCUAAAGGAGUUUAAUUCUUACAGCUUUAAAAAUAAGUUACAACUUGGGUACUAUCGAGGCUUCCUCCCCAUUCUGCUGAGGAAUGGAACAGGCAGUGCCCUUUAUUUUUCUUUCAAAGACCCAAUUAAGAAUUUAUUCUUGGAUCAAGGUGUUCCUAGUGGCAUUUCUGCUUUUGUUUCUGGGAGUUUCAAUGGAAUGAUGGUGUGUUUCAUCCUCUAUCCACUUAGUGCAGUGAUUGCAAACAUGCAAUCACACAUUGGAGAAAAGAAAAUGAGCCUUUGGAAUUUCAUUGCAAAAUUCUGGGUAUCUCGUGCCCGAAGCCUGUUGUACAUAUAUAGAGGUGGUUCCCUGGUCAUACUGAGGUCCUGCAUAACCUGGGGAAUAACCACAACUAUUUAUGAAUUUUUAAAGGCAUCACAUUUUUCUGAAAAUUAGUAUUAUUUAGAAUAAUUUAAGAUUUAUUUUUCUGAACAAACUGAGUAACCCAUACAUUUUUCAGGGUAUUUAGAAUAACUUUGAUGAAGGUAUAUGGAAUGUAUAACAACGUUUGGAAACGACAGAGUUAUAAAACAUUGUAAUUUGGUAGAUGAGAGCAAGACAUUCCGAGUCUUUAAUUCUGAACAAGAUUCAUAUUAGAAUCAAAAUGUUAGCUUAGUCCGUCUGGCAGCGUCCGUGGAGAAAAAUCAGAGUUAACAUUUUGGGUCCAGUGACCCUUCCUCAGAACUGAUGGUAGCUAGGAAAAUGUUUGUUUUUAUGCAGAAGAUAGGAUGGGGGUGGGGAUAAGGAUUAAAUGAUGGGUAGAGAUAGAGCCCAAGGAGAAAGAUGAACAAUUGAACAGACAAAGGAGUGAUUAGCCUAGGAGAAUGAAUAGCUACUAAUAGGGACUACUAAUGGCUAACAAUGGGUCAUGUAUAAUAGCGCACCAUGUGACAACAAGGCCAGGUAUGUGCGAGUUGGUGUAAGGACAUGGAAGAAGGUGCCUCAAGCCGUAAAAUUGUUGAAUUGUUGAAAAUCGUGAUACUGUGAGUGGAAAAGGAAUAACAUGCAAAGACUUUGCAAAGGAAGAAACUUUCCAACUUAAACCGAGACCUAGGUCCAAAGGAUUGACUGAAUUGAGGAUCUUCGCAGUUGACGACAGCUUGAUAGCAUCACCAAAAAUAAAAGACCCGUGAGAAAGUCACUUAAUUCUACCUCUCUUGAGUUGAACCUCUCAACCACAGACUUUGUUCCUUUUUGCCAAUAUUUUGCACCCUCAAUUUUCUUGAAAGAACACUCACCUCUCCUGCCUGACCUGUUUAUGAAUGGAUGUGUGCAUGUUGGAUUUAAAGGGGUAUAAUUUAAGUCUGCGUAUUUGUAAUUAAAAAUACAUUUUGCCAUGUU